AUGUCCACCCGUAAGAGAAAGCAAGAGGCUGAGGAAGAGGAAGAGCUCCAAGCGCUCCCUAGCGACGAGAGCGAGGAAGAAGAAGAAUAUGAGGACUCUGAAGUAGCCGAGAGCGAGGAAGGAGAGGAAGAGGGAAGCGAAGAAGAGGAGCUUGAAGAAGAAGAGGAGGGUGAAGAGGAACCAGAGGAACAAGCAGCUCCUCCGGCUUCCAAGAAGCGAAAGACAGCUCCUGCGCCCGAACAAGAGGAGGAGGAAGAAGAGGGCAAGGAAAAUGGCGAAGCUGAAAACGGUGAAGAUGAGAAUGGCGUUGAUGAGGAAGAGGAGGAAGCACCGGAAGGCGAGGAAGACGCCGAGGAAGCUCCUGAAGAGACAGCAAAGACCAGUGCCCCUGCCGCCGCUGCUAGCAAGGCUAAGGCUGGCGAUGUACCUAAGGAAGCCGAAGCCGAUGCUGCUGCAGAGGAGGAGUGA